AUGGAUCUCACAUGCAAGUAUAACUCUUUGCACUUCCUCAUAUUUCUAGCCUUUGCCUCACAAUAUUCACACGGACGCAGCAGCAGAAGCAAGCACCGGUGGCAAAAUGGGACAACGAAGGACUGCUGCUCGUGGGAUGGCGUCACAUGCGACCACUCUGGCUUUGUCGUUGGCCUCAACCUCAGCUACAGCAGUCUCUCAGCUGGAGACAUCGAUGCCAUAUUCAAUCUUCGCCACCUCCAGCGUCUCAAUCUGGCUGGCAACAACUUCCAGCUUACUCCAAUUCCUUCAGGUUUAGAGAGGCUCUCGAACUUAACUCACCUGAAUCUCUCCUUUUCCUGCUUCUCUGAUCAAGUUCCAGCCGGGAUUUCCAGUUUAGUGAGGCUUGAAUCCCUUGAUCUCUCCACGGUCUUCUUCUGUGAGCUGCCCCCGACUUUCAAUGAUCCGGACUACAACCGCAUAUUUGCUUUUGAGGAGAAACAUAGGCUGAGGCUCGAUAAACCAAAUCUUGAGUCAUUUGUUAGAAACCUGAGAGCAUUGACAGAGCUCAACCUUGAUUAUGUUGAUCUUUCAGCUCAAGGCUCGAGCUGGUCUCAAGCGCUGUCUGUGCUUCCUAAUCUCAAAUUCUUGAGUUUGUCAACCUGCAAGCUCAAGGGCCCCAUCCACACCUAUUUUCAAAAUCUCAAGUUUUUAAACACUCUCAAGCUUCACAGAAACAAUCUCUCCUCUGAGAUUCAUUUGGCAAUUUGGAGUCUGACAAAUUUGCUCCUCUACACCUGCAACUUUUCCGGUCUGAUCCCACCAUCAUUCGCAAACCUCACCAGUGCAACUGAAGUAGACAUAAGCUAUAAUAGCAUAGAGGGCUCAAUCCCGAGUUUCAGGCCGAGCAGUCUCCCAAAACUUCAAGACCAACAUUUAUCUUUCAAUCGCCUCACAGGCCCCAUAGAUCCUCAUCUUUUCACUCUUCCAUCCCUGAAAGUUCUGUACUUGAACGAUAACCGUUUUAGUGGAGAACUCAGGGAAUUUUCAUCCUCCUCUUCAGUACUGGAGAAGGUGUAUCUAAAUGGGAACAAUCUGAGUGGUGAAAUACCAACGUCAAUGAGUGAGAUAACAAGUCUCACUUAUCUUUCACUUGCCAGUAACAGAUUCACCGGCUCCGUGAAGCUGGAGGCUUUCAAGCAUCUCAGCAACUUAACAAGCCUCGACCUGUCAUUCAAUAGCUUAAACAUCAAAAACGAUGAUCCAGAUUUGAUGUUUCCAAGCCUGGAUGAACUAAAGUUGAGCAGAUGCAACUUGACAGAGUUCCCAACUUUCCUCAAGAAACAAGAACAGCUGAGGACUCUGAAUCUUUCAAACAACCGAAUCCAAGGGCAUAUUCCUGACUGGUUGUGGACUGGCUAUCUAAAUGAGCUGGAUCUUUCAGACAACGAGGUUGACUUUCCGAGGGAAUCUAGUCAAGUAAACACCACAUUUUCUCUAUCAUUAGGUAUACUGGCGAUGCGAUCCUGCUCUGUUUUCAAGUUUCCAAAGUUUCUGCAGCUGCUAGACUGCCUAUGGUACCUCGACCUAUCCGGAAACAAAAUAAAGGGACAACAAUCUGCUUCAGGGAUCACUUCCGAGUGGGAUCUGCAAUAUGAGCAGCCUCUCCAUUCUUGA